GCUCAUAUGGGAGAAUUAUUUUCGUUUUACGUUUUGGUGUGUUAAUGCACACAUAGCACUGUAAUUUUUUCCUGGAAGGACAUAUGGCGCUAACAUUGUGGGGACUAGUCUCUUGGUUAACUCUGGUGACAAGUUCUGGGCCACGGACGUAUGGCUGAGUUAAUUGAUGACACAGUCUUUACAUGGAAUGCCGAAAAGAUAUCCUAUAGGGAAUCGCAAAUGCAUAACGUCAUCCCUACUUUAGUCCUCUUACCAAGAGUGAUGCUGAAGCUUGCAGUAGUAGUAUGUGGGUUUGUUAGUUUCUGGCCCCCUCUUUUCAGCUGCAGCCUCCCAAGAAGCCAGCUUCAUCUGAAUUUCUCAAAGAAGCUGCUGCCACGUGAAGCCCUGAGAAACUGUCUAUUCCCUUCUUUUAGGCUUCUGGAUUAUCUGAUUUGAGUAGAAAAAGUCUGUAGUACGAUUGGAAUUCAAUUGUUUCAUAUUUAGUUGAUUAUAUUUUUUUUACUGUUUACCACAGAACUAAGCAAUAAGAUGAAUUUCGAACACAAUAAAUUUCAAUGUCAUAAUAAAAACAUGUUCUCAAUGUUUACUUGAGGUCUUGAGUGCAAGUCAAAUAAAAGAAAGGUCUUAAUGUUACAAUAUACAUCUGUCAGCAUAAACACCUAGUAUUACAAAGAAGGCAUUGGCAUCUCAAAAUAUACAUCUUUUUUUCACUAUAUACAAUGAUACAUAUAUGAACAUCUUGUUCUAGUUUACUUUCCUCAACAUCUUCAAAGUAAUACUCCCUAUGUUCCUAAAUGUAAGAAGUCCUAGCUUUGUCCUAAGUCAAACUUAUUAAACAUUGACCAAGUUUAUAGAAAAAUUUACCAACAUCUAUGACUCUAAAUUUGUUUUAUUAAAUCCAUCAUGAUAUAUAUUUUCAUAGUAUACUUAUUUGAUAUUCUAGAUGUUGAUAUAGUUUUCCAUCAACUUGGUCAAACUUGAAGAAGUUUGACUUUAGGACAAAGCUAAGACUUCUUAUAUUUAGGAGUGGAGGUAGUAUCGAAGAAAGAAGGCAUAGACAAAAGUAAAGGAAAGAUAAAAUUGGUCACAGGUUUAAUUCUCCAGAUCCCUUGCACCAAACCUCUAAUAACAAGACGAAGACCACAUGAAGUCAGUUCGUACCAGCAAACGACAAGACACCAAAUAACCAAGUGAGGUAUCAGUUUAUCAGCGAGGAACAAGGCACCAAAUAACCAAAUAGCAUAGCAAGAUGGACAACAAGUGGUAUCUCAGUUCGUAACAAGUACGCCUGAAAAUUUCCAAGUGUACCUAGAUGUACUAGUUAAUGCUGGAAUUUCUUCGGAUAUGAGCUCUAUAAUACCAUACUAUUUUGUGAGGACUGAAGUAAUACAACUGGGGUGCUCUCUCAUUUGACAUCAAGCUCUGUAAAACAAACGAUCUGCUCCAGCCUCUAGCUGAAACCUGAAGCUUGAUGAUUAGAAAUUUAGAACCAUCCAUUAGACCAUUUACACAUAUCUCCAGGAUUAAUAAUUGUUUAAUUGCUAGCAACUGAUCAAGGAAGGAAAAUAUGAAUUGACAUGUAAUCAACAAGGAGAACAGUCAUGGAGUUUAACUGGACAAACAAUGAUCAAGUGGAUCAAUCGCUAGCGAUUCCUGUACAGCAUGUUAUGAACAGGGAGAAUUAACAUGUUAGACGAACUGGGGGAAACCUGAUACAGUUUGAACUUUGAACAACUACUACUGAUCCUACGAGCUGUGUGACGUGCAGGCUAGUGAACUGGGGGAGAGCUGACACAUUGCUGCAGGACUGGCUGCUGGACAGAGGAGUAGCCUAGCGGUGUGUGGCAACGAGCUGGACAGUGAGAUACCUGUGAUACAGUGGAACUGGACGACGUCCUCAGGACAAAGGUCAAGCUUGGGGGUGGCCAGCGACCAUGGGGUGGAUGGCCAGCCAAUUCGAUGUGGACGGGGCUUCUCCAAUGCCUCCAGCAGCUCUUCAGCCUCCAGCACCGCAGCAGUAUUUUGGGAACAGGCCUUCUUUCUCAUAUAAUGUAGUCUCACAUGCCAAUGCUAGCUUGCCUACUGGUCAGCAGUUUCAACUUGACACUGGGACAAACCGUGCUGUUCAAGUUCCUAUGUUUGCUCCGCCAGCAUCCUUGCAGCCUCCAGCUCCUGGGCAAUUACCUCGCCCAAGUGCACCAUUCCCAGGAGCUAUGACACCAAAUCUUCCUGGAUCUAUCCGAUCACCGUUUCCAGUGCCACCCAGGACAUCUAAUAUUCUUUAUGGUUCAAACCCACAACAGGGUAAUCUGGAUGCUAGUGCUUCCAAGUUGGAUGCUCCAAGUGCCUCAGAGGCAAGUCCCCAUACCAUGCAGUCACUGCCUGCCUCCGGCCCUGAGGUAUUUGGGGCUGUUGGAGGUUUUGUACCUGGACAACGGUCUUCAAACUUGUCUGCUCCACCAAGCCUCCUUGGGAGACCUGUAGCCCCAUCUGCUUCUUCUUUGCCCCAAACAUCACCAUCAGGUGCUGCUCCAGGUGCCGUUCCACAGACUACCCAGCAACAGUUCUAUCCAUCAUAUCCUUCAGCACCUGGUAUUGUUCCGCCUCAACCUUUAUGGGGAUAUCCUCCACAUCCUACUAGUUUUCUGCAGUCUCCCUUCCAGUCGUAUCCACCGGGCCCUCUUGGACCACUUGGUAGGCCAAUGGUUGGAACUUCUGCUGUGACUACAUCUGUCACCAACAUCCAACCACCUGGCGUCACAACAAUUGGUGGGGAUCCCAAGGAGCUACCACCAGCAAAUCCAGGAUCUGAGCAGCCACUUCAUACUUCAGCUGUGCCCCAUCCAACAGGACAUGGAAACCAAGUCAAUGAUCAGCUGGAGGACAAAAGAUCUACAGGAAUACAGGAUUCAGAUGCAUGGUCUGCACACAAAACAGAAGCAGGUGUCUUGUAUUAUUACAAUGCCUUGACUGGAGAAUCAACUUAUCAAAGACCACCUGGUUAUAUGGGGGAGCUUGAGAAGGUUGCAGCCCAACCAGUACCAGCUUCUUGGGACAAAAUUGUUGGUACAGAUUGGAGCAUAGUAACGACAAGUGAUGGAAAGAAAUAUUAUUAUGACAAUAAACAAAAGGUUAGCAGCUGGCAACUUCCGCCUGAAGUGGCUGAGCUCAACAAGAAUGCUGAUUCUGGUAGCUUGAAAGGAAAUUCAUCACUGCACGAUGCUGGCACAGUAGGAAAUAAGGGAGAAACAGGUGUUGAAAUAAGUACUCCUGCCAUACAGACAGGUGGCCGCGAUUCGUUGCCACUUCGGCAAGCAGUUGCCUCUGCAUCGCCUUCUGCAUUGGAUUUAAUAAAGAAGAAACUGCAGGAUGCUGGUGCUUCCAGUUUGUCCUCUCCUCUUGCUACUCCUUCAUCUACUGCAUCCGAGUUGAAUGGAUCUAAACCAGCUGAUGGUGCACCUAAGGGACAGCAAGGCUCAAUUAACGGAGAGAAGCCAAAGGAUAAUAAUGGCAAUGGAAAUAUGUCAGAUUCCUCUUCAGAUUCAGAUGAUGAGGAACAUGGACCAAGUAAAGAGGAUUGUAUUCGUGAGUUUAAGGAGAUGCUAAAGGAACGGGGAGUAGCACCAUUUUCAAAGUGGGAGAAGGAACUGCCAAAAUUAGUAUUUGAUCCACGUUUUAAGGCUAUUCCAAGUCACUCGACAAGACGGACUAUAUUUGACCACUUUGUUCGGACACGUGCUGACGAGGAACGGAAAGAGAAGAGAGCUGCUCAGAAGGCUGCAGUGGAGGCAUAUAAACAGCUACUGGAAGAAGCAUCUGAGGACAUUGAUCCCAAAACAGGCUACCAGGAAUUCAAAAGAAAAAGGGGUACUGAUCCAAGAUUUGAAGGCUUGGAUAGAAAAGAAAGGGAGGCUCUUUUCAAGGAGAAGGUGAGAGCUAUUGAAGAGAAAGUUCAAUCUGUGCGGAAUGCUUUGAUAACUGACUUCAAAUCAAUGCUUCGAGAAUGUAAAGAUAUAAUCUCAACUAGCCAUUGGACCAAAGUGAAAGAACAUAUCCGUAGCGAUCCAAGGUACAAAGCGGUGAAGCAUGAAGAGAGAGAAAAUGUCUUCAAUGAAUACAUAGCGGAACUUAAAUCCGCUGAACGGGAGGUGGAGCAAGCUGCCAAGGCCAAAGUGGAUGAACAAGCCAAGUUAAGGGAGAGGGAACGUGAAACUCGCAAAAGAAAAGAAAGGGAAGAGCAGGAAAUGGAGAGGGUAAAAUUGAAGAUCCGAAGAAAAGAUGCCGUGUCUUCAUAUCAGGCCUUACUUGUUGAAAUUAUAAAAGACCCAAAGGCAUCAUGGACAGAAUCCAAACCAAAACUUGAUAAGGACCCACAAGGUCGUGCACUAAAUCCUGACUUAGGCCAAGGUGAUGCUGAAAAGUUAUUCCGUGACCAUGUCAAGGACUUGUAUGAGCGUUGCGUCCGUGAUUUCCGGGCACUUCUGUCUGAGGUGAUUACCCAGGAGAUAGCAGCCCGGACGACAGAUGAAGGAAAGACUGCAAUCAGCUCUUGGAGCGAAGCGAAAGGUCUUCUAAGAUCUGAUCCAAGGUACAACAAGGUUUCAAGCAAAGACCGAGAAUCUAUUUGGCGGCGCUAUGCAGAUGAUAUGGCAAGAAAACUUAAACAGUCGGAUACGGAGAAGCUAGAUACUGAUGGGCGACAACAGCGUAGAUCCUCUGAUCCGCCCAGGCGUAGGUAACUCGUUAAAAUACACAUUGUACCUGCAAUUCUUGCUGUCCGGUUGUUCAGGGUCCCCUGGGUCCUUACUCUAUGUAACAAAAUGCCUCAAAUUAUCAUCGCCAAUUUUGGUAGCAAGAGUUUAUAUUCUUGCGAUAUAAAUUUCCAUGCCCUUCGUGGAAC